AUGCCAAACAAUUCGAUUAAGCUGUUAGCUCCUGACGUUCACAGGGGUCUUGCGGAGCUGGUCUCGAAGAGACUGGGAAUGAAGUUGACUGAUAGUAAGUUGAAAAGAGAUCCCACCGGUGAGGUUACUUUCUCCAUUGGUGAAUCUGUGAGAGAUCAAGACAUAUACAUUCUUACCCAGAUCGGUGCUGGUGAUGUAAAUGACAGAAUUCUAGAGUUGUUGAUCAUGAUCAAUGCAUCUAAAACUGCCUCUGCAAGAAGAAUCACCGCGGUCAUUCCAAACUUUCCUUACGCUAGACAAGACAGAAAGGAUAAAUCUCGUGCUCCUAUUACUGCUAAGUUGAUGGCUGACAUGCUGACCACAGCCGGUUGUGACCAUGUUAUCACCAUGGAAUUACACGCCUCUCAGAUCCAAGGUUUCUUCGACGUGCCUGUAGAUAACUUGUAUGCCGAGCCAAGUGUCGUUAAAUACAUCAAGGAGAACGUCAACGUUUCUGAGGCUAUCAUCAUCUCUCCUGAUGCCGGUGGUGCUAAACGUGCUGCAACUUUAGCCGAUCGUUUAGACCUAAAUUUUGCAUUAAUCCAUAAAGAAAGGGCUCGUGCUAACGAAGUUUCUCGUAUGGUUUUAGUCGGUGAUGUCACUGAUAAAGUUUGUAUCAUCGUAGAUGACAUGGCUGAUACAUGUGGUACCCUAGCUAAGGCUGCUGAAGUCUUACUAGAUAACAGAGCUAAAUCUGUCAUUGCUAUAGUGACCCAUGGUAUUUUAUCCGGUAAUGCUAUUAAUAACAUUAACAAUUCUAAAUUAGAUAGAGUUGUUUGCACUAACACAGUACCAUUCGAAGCUAAGAUGAGAAUGUGUCCUAAGUUAGCUAUUAUAGAUAUUAGUGGUGUUUUGGCUGAAAGUAUACGUCGUUUGCAUAAUGGUGAAAGUAUUUCCUACUUAUUCAAACAUUAUCCUCUAUAG